AUGGCACAACGGACAAUCAGAUCUAAGCGCUCAAUAGCCACGCUAGAUGGGCUGAAGGGCUUUGGGUUGCAGCCUGAACAGCAACCACCCCCGAAACGGCGCCGUGUCGAACCACCUAUCGACCUGUCGAUAGCAGAAAAUUGGUCCAUCCGGCCGGAGCUGGUAUCUCUCUUUCAGGAUGCUAUUACGGAGGGUCUCGCGCCCGAGCACCUGUCAUACAGUGACAGUCAUUUCGGAGACACAAAGACGCUGCGAGCACUGGCUACCUUCUUCAACGAAUACUUUGAUCCACGGCUCGCAGUCCAGCCAUCGCAUAUUGCGUUGACACCCGGCUCAUCAAGAUCUUUAGCUGGCUUGCUGAGCCAGAUCUGCGAUCCAGGAGAGGGUGUUCUUGUGCCGGCUCCGUUCUGGAACGGCUUCGACUUUCAUUUUGUAAUUAACGCCCAGGUCCAACCGGUUGUCGCACGGCUUGAUGAUUUCAAGAACGCAUUCGAUGCAGACACCCUAAUCGCAUCGCUGACGCAGGCAUACAAUGACACGCCCCUUUCUACCCGUGCACUCGUGAUCACUACGCCGGGGAAUCCUCUCGGCCAAUGCUAUAGCGCGGACAUACUUCAGCGCUGCAUAGAAUUCUGUCAGGAACGGGACCUCCAUCUGAUCUGCGACGAGGUUUAUGCGCUAUCGUAUUUUGCGGAGCCCACCGAGAGUCGUGUCCCCUUCCAAUCCAUCUUGACAUUGGACCCGAAAUCUUUAGGAUCCGAUCCGUCGCGCAUUCACAUGGUGUGGAGUCUGAGCAAGGACUUUGGAUGCAGUGGACUUCGUUUGGGAUGCGUUGUCUCGCAAGCAAAUUCAGAUUUGAUCCUUGCCCUGCGCCUCCCCACGAGCACUGAAGUUUCCGCCUUGACCACCCUUUGCGCGACCGCACUCCUGACCUCCCCGAGGUUGCCGGACCUGAUUUCUUUGAACAAGAAACGUCUUGCUGAAUCUUACAAGGAGAUUACCAAAGUCCUCGAGGCAGAAAAUCUACAGUAUGUACCCGCCACGGCGGGAUUGUUCGUUUUCGCUCGCUUGAACCCAGAGGCUACGGAGAAGGACGAAGUACCAUUCCUACAGAGGUUGAGGCAAAAGGGGCUGGUCAUCAGCUCCGGGCAAGCCUAUCACAUAGGCCCCGAGUGCCGGGGCUGGUAUAGGCUGACCUUCGCCUUGCCACCGACGGAGCUAAACAAGGCGUUGGCUAUUCUGGGCCGAUGUUUGAAGAGUGACAGGUCGUCAAAUGCUAGGAAGACAUAG